AUGUAUCCGGGUAUAGAACCGAGCAACCCCAUGGGGGACAGUCUCAUGCCCAUGAUGAAGGGUCUCCGGCUGGCGAAGUAUGUCAAAGAUGUAUACAAAUCCAACGCUGGAAUCUACACGAGAGACAUGCUCCUCAAACUGGAGGAGGAUCUGAGCUCGACUGAACCUAGCCAGUUGAUCAAAAUCUCAUGCAUGAAUGGCGGUUUCUUGACCGCAGUCCGUCCUUCUAUGGAAUACAACAUCAAGGUCAAAAUGCUUGACAUCAACGAAAUGACCGAGAGGGCUAGGACGGCUUUCACCAGUGGCUUCCUCAAAGACGAAGUGUACCACUUCACCGAAGAACAAAGGACGACCAUCACAUGUCCAAUCACGAUUUCGACAGUACUUAGAGAUGCUAAGAAACACGAUCUCAGAGAACUUGAAGCUGCUUGGAACCGCGGCUGGUUAAGCUGGGGCAAAAGCCCCGUUCACAAAGCGCUUCUCCAAGCUCUGAAAACUCUUGGCCCGAAGAUGCCAGAGAUUUCGAAGGUGCUAUGUCUUGGACUCGGUCCUCUCGGUGGCGAUCUCUCGUCUGCCAAGAAACCUGGUGAUGGUCAAGCCAACUACCGAAACAUCACUCAGCAUAUGUUCGCUGCCACCUUGACCAAAACACUAAGCAGCCGUCUUAAAAGGCGCAUUCCUCUCAUGGUUUCGGAUCCUGAGUACACGGAAAACGACAAGAAGAUCCUUUGGAUCAACGAAAAAAUGAAGGUCAUCGAGGGAUCUGGUGCGCGCGCCCUGGCCGAAAUUGACAGCAAGACUCUUGUGGUUUGCUUCAAUCCAUCUAUUGCCCUCAAGCAGGUGGUUUCCGACUUUGCGAAGCCGGCCGCGAUGAUCUGGGGCCAGACUGUAUCUACGCAUAAGAAGCGACAGAGGAGGGGAUCACGCACUUGCAGACUUGGUGACUACUACGACGAAUUCGUCAUCGCGAAAGAGCCCAUUCGAUUCGGGAAAAUCAACAUGUGCAUCCGAAAGCAGAUCAUUGACGACCUUGCGAUCGCGAUUGAGACCGAAUUGGAACUACCUAACACAAACGGAAUGGCCAAGCAUGGAUGGGGCAACACUCACAUGGACGAUAUGGAUGGAGUAGUCAUUGUGGACUAUGAACCCGAGGAUGAGUGGGUGUUUUUAGACUGA